AUGUGCUCCUCCAGUAAGCCCAGGGUAGGUGGUGGGGUGGUGCUGGUUCGGCGGUUGGUGAAGGCUCCGCCGGACAGCGACAUGUUCCAGGCGGCCACCUCGGGGGACCGUGACUGGCUGCGACUCAGCCUGAAGCGGGCGCUAUCCCCAACGCAGCUCGACAAACAGUUGGAGUGUAUGAAGCUGCUGUUGGCAUCCCAAGUGGUGGACAUAAACGCCAGCUGCCCCCUGGGCCGCAGACCCAUCCACAUGGUCCUCACUGCCAAGAGCAGACCCCACUCCCAUGCCUGCCUCACCUACCUCCUGGAGCAUGGAGCCCUGCCAAACGUGUACGACGUCAUCUCUUGCUCUGACAACAUUAUCCCAAUGUCUAUAAUGAGCGUUGCCUUUAUAAUGAUGAUGAUGGUGAUAAUGACAGUGAAGAUGAAGGUGGUGAUGAUGUACUUUAAGAGAGUCGUGUAUUGGUUCAUUUCCAGAGCCACUGACACAGGGUUGACGCCCCUCCACCUGGCUGCCACCGAGGGCCUGUGGGAGUGUACCAAGACUCUAGUGCAGGUGGGGGCAGACACUGGUGCACAAGACAACAGAGGACACACACCUCUGGAACUGGCACGCAUCUGGUGUCACAGAAGGAUCGCCAGGUUUCUGAAAGACUCUAUGUGGCAGAACGAGAAGAAAAGAGAGAUGGAGAGGCGCAAGGCGCUGCAGAACCUUCAGCAGGACCUGUUCAAAAUGCACAGGAGGGCCGAGAACAUAGAGAAGCUGGGGAGACAGAACUUGAUGGAAGAGAAGGUCACGGCGUGGGCCGAUAAGAAAGGCCUUCCCCUCCUCUGGGCCCAGCCUAGGGCCACGUGGAACCAGGCUCACGCCCACUGCCUCUCCCCAGACCAGAGGCCACAAAGCCAGAGGACCAAGGCCUGCCACAGGCAGUGUCCAGGGGCCCCACCUCGGGAGGCCUGGAACAUCUCCCCCAACCCCUCCAAACCCCCACCGGCCUCUGUCUCCCGGCCCCAGGGGGUGCGUCUGAGUAGCCAGCCCGAGAAGUCCCCUCCAGAGCCCGACCUGAGGCGCAGCGUAACUCUCUGCAGGGCCCGUGGGGAUGGACGUCCCCAGUACACUGCCAAGUGGGAUGGGUCCCCCCAGUCGGUCCCCAACCUGCCCUGGGAUGUCCUUCAGAGGGGGCUGUUCUCUGCUGCCUUCCCAUCAAGGAUCGCCUCGCCCAACCACUUCCAGCCCAACCAUGUGCUGGACCUGCCGCGCCUCGGCUGCUCCCCAGGACCCAACACCUCUCCCUGGACAGAGGUGGCCAUGCACCUGGCCGAGGAGCUGGAGCCUGGCCACUACUGACUGGAUGGAGAGGUAGAAGUUACCCCUAACAAAUGAUCCAGAGUCAGAUUUCUUUCAUCCCUCGUAAUUGUUAAGGUUAGAAUGGCAGGUAGGGUAAUCUGAUCCUAGAUCUGUGGUUGGGGGCAAUUUCUACCUUAAGGAGUGGUGGAGAUCCACUUUCUCCCAGUCUUACUCUACUAUAAUGGAGAGACACUGUACUUGACUCUACUAUGUCACAAAGCAUCACAGGCGAUUGGACAGUGGUGUUCUG